AUGAGCGCGAGCGGCCCGGCGGCUCCCGGGGACGGCCCGGCGCUGCCGCCGCCUCCCGGGCCCGGCCCGGGGCCCGCACCGCCCACUCCCGCCGCUGCCACCGCCCGGGACGCCAUGGACGGGCGCGCCGAGCUGCCCGCCUUUCCCCGGGCCGGACCCCCGCCGCUCGCCGCCAGCGACACGGUGCCCGCGGCGCCCGAAGGGCCCGGGGCGGUUCGCCCUGGCCCGCCACCGCGCCCCACCUCCUUCUCGGUGCUGGACAUUCUGGACCCCCACAAGUUUAACAGCAGAAGACGCCGCUGUGUGCUUCUGGGCCCGGUGGCGCCCUCCGCAUGCGCCCCGUGCGCCUCGGCCCCGUGCGCUCCGGCCCCAUGCGCCCCGGUCCCUGCCGCUCCGGGACGCCCGCCGCGCGCGGAGGAGCUGGAGCGCCGCGCCCUCGCCGCCGCCGGAGGAGCUGGAGCCGCCACCGGAGCUGAGCCGCCGCACGCCGGCGACCCCUGCAAGGCGGACGAGGCCGAGGCCAGCGGCUACAGCAGCGGCGGCGGCGGCCGCAGCCCGAGCGCGGACAGCGGGGACGAGGCGCCCGACGACGACGACGACGACGACGAGGCGCCCGACGCGGAGACUGCGCGCGGCGCAGAGGAGGCGCGGGGAGGCGGCGGCGGCCUCGCGGCCCGCGGGUCGGGCUGCCCGGGCGCGGCCGAGACGGAGGCGCCCCCCGGCGCGGUGGACGAGGCUGCAGCGCCCGGCCCCCGCGGGAACUCGCCCGGAGCCCCUGUCCCGCCUGGGGCCUCGGCGGCAGCGCCAGGGAGCGCGGGCACGACCCCGCAGGGCGCGGCCGCGGCGACGAAGCCAAAGCGGAAGCGCACGGGCUCGGACUCCAAGUCCGGGAAGCCGCGGCGCGCGCGCACCGCCUUCACCUACGAGCAGCUCGUGGCUCUGGAGAACAAGUUCAAGGCGACGCGCUACCUGUCGGUGUGCGAGCGCCUCAACCUGGCGCUGUCGCUAAGCCUCACCGAGACGCAGGUGAAGAUCUGGUUCCAGAACCGCCGCACCAAGUGGAAGAAGCAGAACCCUGGCGCCGACACGAGCGCGCCAACCGGCGGCGGCGGGGCGGCAGGGCCGGGCGCGGGGCCCGGAGCGGGGCUUCCCGGCGGCCUCAGCCCGCUCAGCCCGUCGCCGCCCAUGGGCGCGCCGCUCGCCAUGCAUGGCCCCGCCGGGUACCCGGCGCACGGCCCCGGCGGCCUGGUGUGCGCCGCGCAGCUGCCCUUCCUGUCGAGCCCGGCGGUGCUGUCGCCCUUCGUGCUGGGCUCGCAGACCUACGGCGCGCCUGCCUUCUACGCGCCGCACCUCUGA